AUGCCAACUUCUCAGCAAUUUGGUGAAACACUUGUUGCUUGCAGGAAUGAAGGAUUAAUGAGACUUGAGCUUACUGUUCACUCUCCUGAGUUGAAAGAAGUAGAAUGGAACAUAAACUUAAUUGCUAGUACACUGGAGUUUCUUAGUGAUUGUAGGACAUUUGCAACAUCUUAUGAAAAGCAAUGGAUGGCACUAGUUGAUCAGAUUUAUAACAAAAAUAUGUUAUGCAUUUACUUCCAUAAAGAACAUGCUCUUGGUUACUGCCAUUGGUUCAAUAGGACAACUAUGAAGAAACAAGGAAUAGCUAAAAAGUUGAAAGAGAAUGAGGAUGUGAUGACUGUUGUUUCCAAUCUUACAUUUAAUGGGCACCCAACUGUUCUUCUAACAUAUGCUACCAGCAGUGGUCCUGUUGAAUCAGAAGUUGUUCUAAGAAGAGAUAACACAAACAUCACCAUUGUUCCAAGUCAGAGGAAUUCUUUCUGGCCUGUUGCUUCAAGAGAAAGACAACAACACACAUUUGCUGAAAUGGGACUUGUAAACUAUCGUGGGAUGCAUAUUGAUUGGCUAACUGCUCAACAAGCAAGAGAGAAAGUUUGUCUCUCAACUCUCUCAAGUAUUAGUGAGGAUGCUGAUGACCUAGGAAUAGAUGAUCUUAUUGCUGAUAUCAGCAACAUUGAACUUGAUGAUCUAGAACCCAUAUACAUAAGAGAAAAUACUGAUCUUAGGCCAGCUAGAUACAAAGUUGCUUAUAACAUACUUCAUGCUGGAGAUGAGUUCCUAGUUAGUCAUUAUUUCUUAUAUACUUUUAGAGGGUUGCCAUUCUACUAUCUAGAUAUCUAUAUGAUUCACAAUGAAGUAGUUAGCAGUACUCACACUCAUAUCAAAAUACAAGCAAGUAGUCCAUUUGGUGAAUAUAUUGCUUCUAUUAUUGGUGAACCAAAUCAAGAAGUAGUACUUAAAGUAGCUAGAAUUCAUAAUCGUAUUAUCCAUAUUGCGAGGAUCUAG